AUGAGUUUCACAUGCGAACCGUUCAGAGGCAAAUAUGCCGACGUGUAUGAGAGAGUUUUCGGAGUGAAAGAUGUCCUCUAUGAAAUCAACCCGGGAAAAUGUCUGUGUUGUUUUCUUUACAACGGCAUGGUUCAAAGAGUGUUGGAUGCUCCCGUUAGACAGGACGACACGUGGUUGGUCAGUUUUCCUCGAACAGGAUCAACGUGGUGUCAAGAGAUGAUAUGGCUAAUUGGAAAUAAUUUAGAUUUCGAUACUGCGAAAAGUACUUUGCAGCAAUUCAGAGCCCCUUUACUUGAAUCGUCUGCAAGUUUGUAUGAAUACGCUGACCUUUUUAAAGAAAAAUUCACGGAUUCUGUGGAAUAUGUCAACAAUCUCCCUUCUCCAAGGUUUAUAAAAACUCAUCUAGCGUAUCCUUUGCUGCCUAGCGAAAUUAGUAAGGUGAAGCCAAAGAUAAUAUAUAUAAUAAGGAACCCUAAAGAUGUGUGCGUAUCCUACUACUUUCACAGCAAACUCUUGCACGGUUUCGACGUUGAUUUCGAGCUGUUCUGCGAACUCUUUCUGAACGACGCCGUCUGCUACGGGGGUAUUUUCGACCAUUACCUGGAAUUUUGGAACAUUCGUCACGAAAGCAACAUCCUCAUCUUACGAUACGAAGACAUGGUUUCGGACACCAGAGGGGCAAUAAAGAACAUAGCCGAGUUUAUGGAAAAACCGCUUUCCGAGAACGACAUCGCUUCCAUAGCGGAGUUUUUGAGUUUCAAAAACAUGAGAAAAAAUAGGGGCUGCAACGCGGAGCCUUUAUUGGAGAGCAAACACGGACAGGACUUUUACAACAAGAUCGGUGUUCAUUUUGUGAGGCAAGGGAAAGCUGGGGACUGGAAAAAUUACAUGUCCCCAGAAAUGGCUAGAAAGUUUGACGAAUAUAUCGAAAAACAUACCAGAGGAACUGGUUUGUCUUUUAAUUAA